AAUACCGAGCACUUCCGUUGCGGGGCGCUGCGGGAAUCUGCGCGCCGGAAAAUGGCCAAGUAUCUUGACCUGGAGGGGAGUCUCACGGUGACCUUGGUCGAUGGACAGAUGCUGGAUGUCGUCACUGACUACAUGGGCAUAGCCGAGAUGGCGGGGUUCGAUACCCUAUACAUCAAUAAUUUGAAGCGUCAUCCCAGUCCAACGAUGAGUUUCCUCGAACAGUGGCAGGGACCGGCGGCUACCGUCGGCCGACUGUGGGACUUCCUGCUGCAGCUGGAGCGAUAUGACGUCAUAGAAGACUGCAGACGGAGAAUACUAUACGACUGUGAAAUAUUUUUACAAAGUCAGGAAAUCGCUGAAGCAGCCGUUGAAUAUGCAAACAACAGUUCGGUUGACAAAAUCAUGUCAAAAAUGGUUGAUGAGGAAACCGUUACAGUGUCGAUAGAGGACGUUAAAUACAGAAAGAAGACCUUGUAUCACGCCUUUGUGAGUUACACAGACGAAGACCCGCGGGAUCGAGACUUUGUUAAGACACUCAUCCGAGAGUUGGAGUUCAAACGAGGCCUCGGCCUCUUCGUCCCCGGUCGGAAUGACCUCCCUGGGCCCGCGAGACACACCGUGGCGGCGUACCUUAUUGAAAAAAGAUGUCGCCGGGUGAUAAUAGUUUUGUCAAACUCGUAUACAAAAAGUGAUGCUUGCAAUUUUCAAAUGAAGUUCACCCAUGCUUUGUCACCAGAUGCAAGAAAACGCAAACUUAUCCCGGUGGUGCGCGACAGCUGCGUGAGCAUUCCGAAUAUCCUCAAUUUCAUCUCUGUUUGUGACUUCUCAAAAGAGGACGACGUUGAUUGGACUUGGACCCGGCUCUUCAUGGCUCUUUAUUCACCGAUCGACGACACGGCGAAUGACCAGACAGAUUUCAAUGAGUUAGAAAACAGUCUGAAAGAUGUUCCGAUCCCUCUGUGGCGACCUUUAAGUGUGAGUGAAACGGAACGGUAUUGCCCAGAGAGGCCAGCAUGCUUGCCGGUCAUGAAACCGGAAGAGUUAGAAGUUCAAACAUGUCCGACCCAUGAUUCAAUGACUGUGCCAGAUCAGCAACGUCCUGCAAUAAACCACAAAGAUCAUACAUCAAAUGAAUUGUAUCGACCAGCAACAGAAAUAGUAGGUUGUUGA